CUUUUAUUUAUAUUGAUCGCUCCUCGUAUUUUGGAGAUACGUUUUCAAGAGAUCAAUAAAGUUCAAUGUUAUCUGUUCUGAUGUAGUCAUAAUAAGUAACAAACUAAAAAACACAAAGAAGUGCCCAAAUUAAUCUGAAGCCAUAAUUAAAACUAAUCUCUCUUUUGGAUUUGUUAAUUACAUUAAAUAAUAAUAAUUAUUAUUAUUAUAAACUUGAUUUCCUAAUUGAAGGAGUUGUUGACAAAACACAACAAAACAUUAAAGAUGUUACAACGGAAAAGUGUAUUAUUUGCUAUAGGGGAAGCAGAACAUGUCGUUGAUGUUCAGGACGUUGGACCUGAAACUACACUCAACACAUAUCUUAGAGAAAAAACAUUCCUAACUGGUACCAAAAGAAUGUGUUUGGAAGGUGGCUGUGGAGCAUGUACGGUAGCUGUGGAAGCGAUUAUUCGUGGGAAGAAAAAAGUGUUUUCAGUGAAUUCUUGUUUGGUAUCUAUUUUGUCAUGUCACGGAUGGAAAAUUCACACUAUAGAAGGUAUAGGUAAUUCUUUGAUGGGUUACCAUGAGAUUCAAAAAAAUUUAUCUGAGAAUUAUGGUACACAAUGUGGAUUUUGCUCCCCGGGUAUGGUUAUGAACAUGUUCGCUCUGCAGGAAUCGGGUCAAGCAACGAAAGAACACAUUGAGAAUUCUUUUGGUGGGAAUAUUUGUAGAUGUACUGGAUACAGACCCAUAUUACAUGGUUUCAAAAAGCUUGCUUCUGGAAGUAAUGAAAUAAAAUUACAAGGUGUAGAAAUUCCUGAUAUUGAGGAACUAAAACUUUGCUCGGAAUAUUCACAAAAAAAUUGUAACAAACCCUUCAAAAAGCCUAAAAAAAAUUUUCUCAUGCAGGCAAAAGAAUCGAAGUGGAUAAGUGUCCACACUUUGCAGGAUUUAUUGGAAGUUCUGAAAAUAUCUGAUGUCAAAAACUAUAUGUUGGUUAGCGGUAAUACUUCUAGAGGUGUAUUUAAGGACACUCCACUCCCAGACUUAUAUAUAGAUAUAAAAGACACCUCUGAGUUAAUAGAAUUUUCCGGAAACGGUGAUAUGCUGAAUAUCGGCGGCAACGUGAAUUUAACGGAUUUUGCUGAUAUUUGUCUAAAAAUGUCGGAAAAUAAGAAAUUUUCAUACCUAAAACAGAUAGUGAAGCAUAUAGACUUGGUAGCUACUGUUCAGAUCAGAAAUGUUGGAAGUAUAGCUGGUAAUUUGAUGAUGAAGUAUCAGCACAACGAAUUUCAAUCAGAUAUUUUUUUAUUACUGGAAACUUUCAAUGCUACGAUAGUAAUUGUUGACGUCGAUUCCAAUAAAAUAUUUGUAUCGCCACAAGCUUUCCUUAAAACCGAUAUGAAAAAAAAAGUAAUUAAAAAUAUUGUAUUCAACGCUUUGGAUGAUUCAUACGUAUUUUCAACAUUCAAGAUAAUGCCAAGAGCACAAAAUGCGCAUGCUAUGGUUAAUGCUGGGUUCCUAAUUAAACUCUUAAAUGGUACUGUCAAAUUAGCGAGAAUAAUUUAUGGUGGCAUUAAUCCCAAAUUUAUUCAUGCUACGCAAACCGAGAAAAUGUUAAUAGGCAAACAAUUGUACGAUGAUACUGUACUACAAAAUGUAUUUGAGUCGCUUGAUGAAGAAAUUAAUCCCGAUUAUGUUCUUCCCGACCCGACACCUGGCUUUAGAAAAAAUUUGGCUCUAUCUCUGUUUUAUAAAUUUGUUUUGAAGACAUGCCCCCCAGAAAAGGUGAAUGUUAAGUUCAGAAGUGGUGGCGAUCUUUUCAAUAGACCGUUAUCGACUGGAACCCAGGAGUUUGGAACCGAUAAAAAACUUUGGCCUCUAACACAACCUAUACCCAAACUUGAAUCAUUGGCUCAAUCUUCUGGACAGAUGGAGUAUAUUAUGGAUAUGCCAAAACUACCAAAAGAAGUCCAUGCUGCACUAGUUACCGCUAAAGCACCAGCAGGAUCUAAAAUACUCAGUAUAGAAACCUCCACAGUGUUGAAAUUACCGGGAGUUAUAGCAUUUUUUGACAAAAAAGACAUUCCUGGUAGGAAUGUUUUCACACCACUAGAUAGUACCAUGUAUUUCUCUGUGGAAGAAGAAUUAUUUUGCAGUGGUAUAGUACAAUACUACAAUCAAGUAAUAGGAAUCAUUAUAGCAAAAACCGAAGAAAUUGCUUGGAAAGCUGCGGAGUUAGUAGAAGUCAAAUAUGCACCACCUACGAAUAAAGCUUAUUUGGAUGUUAGAGAAGUUGUUGCGGAUAAUAUAAAUAACAGAAUCACACAUAUAAGCACACUUUUACCAAAAGAAAAAGGAAAAGAUAUUAUCAAAGUGAUAAAAGGAGACUUUUAUAUUGGAAUGCAGUAUCAUUAUCAUAUGGAGUUACAGUCUUGUAAAGUUGUACCGCUUGAUGAUGGAGGUAUUGAUAUUUUUUCUACCACUCAGUGGAUGGAUGCAAAUCAGCAAGGAGCUUCGACUGUUUUGAAUAUGCCAACAAAUAAAAUCAAUAUCAAAGUUAGGCGACUUGGUGGAGGUUUUGGUGCGAAGAUCUUAAGAAACACAUUAAUAUCGACAGCUACUGCUCUAGCCGCUGUCAAACUUCAAGUACCAGUGAAUAUGAUACUCCCUCUGGAAAGUAACAUGGAUGUUUUAGGAAAACGUUAUCCCUUGUUUACAAAAUACGAAGUAGGAGUAAACGCAUCAGGGGUUAUUCAAUAUCUAGAAGCCGAACUUCAUUCUGAUAUGGGUAUUGGAGGAAAUGAACCAUUUGAAUCUUUGAUGGUUGCUAGUUUUCAAAAUUGCUAUGAUUCCAGGACUUGGGAGUUUUCAACAUAUGCUGUUAAGACGGACAUGCACGCCAAUUGUUAUACAAGAGCACCUGGAACCGUCGAAGGUACAGCCGCAAUUGAAGCAAUUAUGGAACAUAUAGCUCUAACAAUGGAUUUAGAUCCUAUACAAGUGAAAUUAUCGAACACUAAUACUCAAUUAUCUCCAGAUAUGCCAAAUUAUUUCAGCAAUUUGAAAUCGUGGGCUAAUAUUGACGCCAGGAGAGCAGACAUAGAAUCUUUCAAUAAGGCUAAUAGAUGGCGAAAAAGAGGUUUAUCCGUUGUACCAUUAAGAUGGGUGUUGGAAGUUUAUGUAAACUACACUGUUAUUGUUUCUAUUUAUCAUGGAGAUGGUGGAGUUGCUAUAUCCCACGGAGGAGUUGAAAUGGGACAAGGUAUUAAUACUAAGGUUAUUCAAGUAUGCGCAUACAAAUUUGGAAUAGAUGUGAACAAAGUUAGUGUAAAACCGAAUUAUAAUUUCGUAGCUCCCAAUUGCUCUAGUUCUGGAGGUAGUUUAACCAGUGAAGCUAUUUGUUAUAACUCAUAUCCCCCAAAUUUAGAAUCCUUACAGGGUUAGUAUUAGGGCUGGCUUCAAGGCGGCAUCCCAUCCCAUCAUCAUUUUCUGCUGAAAUUGUAAUAGUAAGAAAAAGUAAAAAUAUGUUUUGCUGAGAUCCAGAUUUUUCUUACAUGUCAAUGAAUUAAAGUUCCAAAAAAUCUAUUUGACGUGGUUCAGUAGCUAUUUUUUUUUAAUUUAACUAUUUGGAACUUUUCCUCGUAGAUACAAAUUUACACCAUAAAACCUUCCAGUAGACAGUAAACUUGUGUUGGGGUUACAAUAUCCUUGAAAAAUUCUUAUUUCUGAAGCUGAGCUUGAGAUCAUUGCAAGGUGGACUGUGAUAUUCAGCAUCUAGUUAGAGACAGCUUCUAGCACGAUAACCUGAUAUAAGAUCGAGGCCAAAUGAAAAAUGCUAACAGGACCAAAGAUGGUUUGGUGGAUAUGAUAUAUGUUUUCUUCUACUGGGGGGUCGGUUGGAGUAGUUUUAAUUUACUAAAACAAAGGAGUAUUACAUACAUCAUAAUUGGUGACGGGCAUAUCGAUUUUAGAAACAUAUUUGGUCAAUGGGGAAAAAGUACAAGCGGUGAGGUCAUAAGAAUAAUAGUAUUUUAGAGCAAAGGGUUUGACCAAUUGAGGAAUAGAGUUUAUAGAUAUUCAGAUAGCAAAUUUGAUCGAUGAGGUAAAAAGCGAGUGAAAAAAAGUGAUUGUCUUUUCAAGAAGAGGGUUAGACAAUUACUUUAAAAAUAAAUAUUGGCACAGAAUUGAUUUUAAUCAAGAUAUUAACGUUACCAAUACAUCACAGCUGAUAUUUCAAGAAAAUCUAUGUAAUCCAAGAUUUUCUUCGAAAUUAUCCAAUUAUCCAACAUAUUAUCAAAAUAUUUUGUUAAACUUCUAAACUAACUAAAAAGUUUCUGACUGGAAUCAUUCGAUCACUUAAAUACAGGAAUGAAAAAAAUAUUGAAAAAUGAUUAUUUCCAUAACAAUA